CGAGGCGUUUCUGGGCCGCUGUGGCUCCCGGCGUGCAACGCGCCCGCCGAAGGAGGGGCCUGUCCGGAAGGCGGAAGUGCGAAGGUUUCCGGUCGGUGUCAUGGUCUUGCUGCGUGUGAGUUUGUGAGUGUUGUCCGUUAAAACAUGGCUAAAAGCUUACGGAGUAAGUGGAAAAGGAAGAUGCGUGCUGAAAAGCGAAAAAAGAAUGCCCCAAAGGAACUCGACAGACUUAAAAAUAUUCUCAGAGUAGACGGUGAUGUUUUAAUGAAAGACGUUCAAGACAUAGCAACUGUUGUGGUACCCAAACAUUGUCCAGAGAAAAUGCAAUGUGAGAUGAAUGAUGAAAAAGAUGACAUGAAAAUGGAGACUGAUACUAAGAGAAACAAAAAGAGUCUUCUAGACCAGCAUGGACAGUACCCCGUAUGGAUGAACCAGAGGCAAAGAAAAAAGCUGAAGGCAAAGCGAGAGAAAGGAAAGGGAAAAAACAGAGGAAAAGCAGUGAAGGCAGCAAAAGGUUUAGCCUGGUAGACUCUUAAAAACUUGGAAACAUGCCAUAGGGCAGAUAUUUGAUUAAAAUGUAUACAUUGAUUUCAGUUUCCACCAGAUGAAAACUGUGUAUUUCUGUAUGCUAACUUGGCCUUUUUCUUUGAUUCAAACUGAACGCAACUCAAGAUUGUUUUAGGAACUUGAAUAAAAUAUUUUCUGUGGUGAAGGAAAGCUAUACUGAUAGGUUAAAUGGAUGUUCUCCAGUAUCCAGGUGUUCUCAGACAUCAAAAUUCUGUCAGGUAUUAAUCUGAUUGUAAUUAUUGGUUGCUCUUACAACUUGAUAAUUAUAGUCAGUAAAUAUAAAACAAAUAAUGUUAUACUGACUAAUUUAAGUUAACUCAGAUUUACAGAAAGCUGUUACGCAAACAAUUUUAAAACAUUAUGUCAUUGGAUCUUUUAAACGGUGCUUGUUUGGAGUUUGGAUUUUGUAUAAUUCACAAUAAAAGAUAUUUCGUGUGUAGAUCUUGAAGUUUGAUUUUUUCUUUACUAA